CUGUCAACCACUCAAAGUGAAGUAGUCGAAAUAAUAAUCAAAACCUUAGACCACGAAAACCAGAUUUUUUUAUUCUAUUUUUAAGUACUUUUUUAGUAGUUUACGAUAAUAAUCAUGUUUGAACGUGAGUUCGUAGAAGUUAAUGAAAUCGACAAUUUUUUGUCGUUCUUGUGGAGUAUUGAAUGGAGAGACCCAUGGUUGAUAGCACUCUGCACUUUUCACAUUUCCAUUUUCAUGAUGGCUAUUCUGACCAGAAACUAUGGAAAUUUCCAAGCAUUAUUAUUCUUCUGUUUAUUAUUACUGGUUUACUUCUCAGAAAGCAUAAAUAAGUUAGCAUCUACAAAUUGGAAAAUAUUUUCCAGACAGCAGUACUUUGAUAGUAAUGGACUUUUUAUAUCUGUAGUUUUCUCUAUGCCGAUUCUUCUCAACUGUAUAUUAAUGGUGGGGAGUUGGCUUUACCAAUCAACUCAACUGAUGACAAAUCUGAAAACGGCUCAGCUUAAAGAACAGUUGAGAAAAGAUAAGGAACUGAAAGAAAGAAAAAAAUCGAAGGCCCAAUGAGUAUGGAUGCC